UCUUCCUCUAUGGAACGAAUGAGGUGAACGCACGCGACUAUUGUCAAAUGUCACAUUUAUCAUCAAAAAGCUAAAAGCUACGUCACUUUGUCAGAUUAACGAUCGUCAGCAUUUUGCUUUUAGAAAGAAAAAGUAAAAUAUUUUUUUAAUAAGUGUAUCAUUUUCUUUGUGAACUGGCUAGCGAAUAAGAAUUUCUGUGUUAAUUGCAUAUUCAUUUUACAAAUAUGGCUGAUACUAAAAGCCCCGAUGAUUUAGCUACAGCGAUUCUCCGUAAAAAGGAUCGUCCAAAUAGGCUUUUAGUAGAAGAGGCUGUAAAUGAUGAUAACUCAGUUGUUGCUUUAUCACAAGCGAAAAUGGACGAGUUGCAGCUCUUCAGAGGCGAUACAGUACUGCUGAAAGGCAAACGUAGGAAAGAAACUGUCUGUAUAGUACUAUCAGAUGAAACUUGUAGCGAUGAAAAAAUUCGCAUGAACAGAAAUGUUAGAAAUAAUUUAAGAGUUAGAUUAUCUGAUGUCGUCUCAAUUCAACCUUGCCCAGAUGUUAAGUAUGGUAAAAGAAUCCACGUUCUUCCCAUAGAUGAUACUGUUGAAGGGCUUACUGGAAAUUUGUUCGAAGUAUACUUAAAACCCUACUUCCUGGAAGCGUACAGACCAAUUCACAAGGACGACGUGUUUAUCGUACGCGGCGGCAUGAGAGCCGUUGAAUUUAAGGUAGUCGAGACUGAUCCGGCCCCUUAUUGUAUAGUCGCUCCGGAUACGGUCAUCCAUUGCGAUGGGGAUCCGAUUAAGAGAGAAGAGGAGGAGGAGGCCCUCAACGCCGUAGGUUACGAUGACAUUGGAGGGUGUAGAAAGCAAUUGGCACAAAUUAAGGAGAUGGUAGAGUUGCCUUUGAGGCAUCCCAGUUUGUUUAAGGCUAUCGGUGUGAAACCACCACGCGGUAUCCUUCUGUACGGUCCUCCGGGUACCGGUAAAACUCUGAUAGCUCGAGCUGUAGCCAACGAAACGGGAGCCUUCUUCUUCCUGAUCAACGGUCCGGAAAUCAUGAGCAAACUGGCCGGCGAAUCCGAAAGCAAUCUCCGCAAAGCCUUCGAGGAAGCGGACAAAAACUCGCCGGCUAUCAUAUUCAUCGACGAGUUGGAUGCGAUCGCGCCAAAACGAGAAAAAACGCAUGGAGAGGUGGAGCGUCGUAUCGUGUCGCAAUUGUUGACGCUGAUGGACGGCAUGAAGAAGAGUUCGCACGUAAUCGUGAUGGCGGCUACUAAUAGACCGAAUUCGAUUGAUCCGGCUUUACGUCGUUUCGGUAGAUUCGAUAGGGAAAUCGAUAUCGGAAUUCCUGAUGCUACUGGUCGAUUGGAGGUGUUGAGAAUUCACACCAAGAAUAUGAAGUUAGCUGACGAUGUGGAUUUGGAACAGAUUGCUGCUGAAACUCACGGACAUGUUGGUGCCGAUUUGGCAUCGCUGUGCUCAGAAGCCGCCCUACAACAAAUUAGAGAAAAAAUGGACCUCAUAGACCUUGAAGAUGAUCAAAUCGACGCCGAGGUCCUAAACUCGCUCGCUGUAACAAUGGAGAACUUCCGUUACGCCAUGACCAAGAGCAGCCCGAGUGCUUUGCGCGAAACUGUCGUCGAAGUACCAAACAUUACUUGGGACGAUAUCGGCGGGCUGGCCAACGUUAAAAAGGAGUUACAGGAAUUGGUGCAGUACCCUGUCGAACAUCCCGACAAGUUCCUCAAGUUCGGUAUGCAGCCGUCUAGAGGCGUGCUGUUCUAUGGCCCACCGGGUUGCGGUAAAACUCUUUUGGCCAAGGCCAUAGCGAACGAGUGCCAGGCCAAUUUCAUAUCCGUAAAGGGACCGGAAUUGUUGACGAUGUGGUUUGGAGAGUCAGAAGCCAAUGUCAGAGAUAUUUUCGAUAAAGCUAGAUCUGCGGCGCCUUGUGUGCUGUUCUUCGACGAGUUGGAUUCCAUCGCUAAGAGUAGAGGUGGGAACGUUGGAGAUGCAGGCGGUGCUGCGGAUAGGGUGAUUAACCAAAUUUUGACGGAAAUGGACGGCAUGGGAGCCAAAAAGAACGUGUUCAUAAUCGGUGCUACUAACAGACCAGAUAUUAUCGAUCCCGCAAUAUUACGUCCCGGCCGUUUGGAUCAACUGAUCUACAUCCCAUUGCCAGAUGAAAAAUCCAGGGAAGCGAUCUUCAAGGCGAACUUGAGGAAAUCGCCUGUAGCUAAAGACGUGGAUCUCGUUUACAUUGCCAAAGUUACUCACGGAUUCUCCGGUGCCGAUUUGACGGAGAUAUGUCAGAGAGCAUGCAAGCUCGCUAUUAGACAGUGCAUCGAAGCUGAAAUCAGGAGGGAACGGGAGAGAGCAUUGACUCCCAACGUAGCUAUGGACUUGGACGACGACGACCCAGUCCCAGAAAUAACUCGGGCCCACUUCGAAGAGGCGAUGCGCUUCGCCAGACGCUCCGUGUCAGAUAACGACAUAAGGAAGUACGAAAUGUUCGCGCAAACGCUACAACAGUCUCGAGGUUUUGGCACAAACUUCCGCUUCCCGACGGCGCAGGGCGGGCCCCAGGCUCCGGGAGGCACGGGCGGCGACCAGGCCAACUUCCAGGACGAUCCUGAAGACGACCUCUAUAGUUAGAUUUGAUUCGGGUGGGCGCUCAAGCACCGAGUUUGGAAAUUUUAUUAUUUUUUUUUUUUGUAUUUAUUUACAGUAAUUCCUCAGUCCACUAACAAUAUUACAUUGUUAUGGCAUUCAUAUGUUGUUUAAUAUAAUAGUUUUGGAAUAUAAUUACAAGUUUGUCUAAGGG